AUGACUGGGAGAAGGAGGGAGGGAAGGAGGCAGCACGUGAGUGUGAUCGUCAAGAGAAGCUUGACGUUGGACGUGUCUCUCGGGCUGAAGAUGAGUGCUGACCACCCUCCUCCGUAUGCCCCGCCUCCCCAGCCCCCAGCCUUCAGCCCACCCUCAGGAACAUUCCCUGGCCCAGCGUACCAGACAGCAGACUCCUCCUACUAUCACUACGUGACCCCACCUCCUGGCUACCAGACGACCUAUUAUGGCGUCCCCCCUAGCUGGGACGCCCCGAAGCCCUACGGGGGUCCACCGAAACACACAGUGUACGUGGUAGAAGAGAACCAGGCGGCCGGCCGUGGCGGUGGCAGGGGCGGUGCCUUGAAGUCGUGCUUGUCGGCGUGCUCCACUCUGCUGUGUUGUUGUUGUCUUUGGGACCUGCUGACCCGGAACAUCUGUUGACCUCUGACCUCUCACGGCAGUAAAGAUCAAA